CUUCAGACGCAGCCCCCUUUCCUGUCUUCACAACAAGGAAAUAAGUUGAGUUUCAGAGAAACCAGCUGCUGAGAGCACACCAGGCCUUCCGGCCCUGGUCCCUGCUUGGCUUGGGCCUUUGUGCAGCUGCUGGCGGGCCCAGAACCAGCUGUUUGUUGACGUUGGGGACCAGAGACCUGUAGCCCAUUUGCCUCGAUAUCAUCUGUACAUCUCCAGGGUCUGGCGAGGCACAGGGGCGGCGGCGGCGAUGCCGGACCCCGCGGCGCACCUGCCCUUCUUCUACGGCAGCAUCUCGCGCGCCGAGGCCGAGGAGCACCUGAAGCUGGCGGGCAUGGCCGACGGGCUCUUCCUGCUGCGCCAGUGCCUGCGCUCGCUGGGCGGCUACGUGCUCUCGCUCGUGCACAAUGUGCGCUUCCACCACUUCCCCAUCGAGCGCCAGCUCAACGGCACUUACGCCAUCGCCGGCGGUAAGGCGCACUGCGGCCCCGCCGAGCUCUGCGAGUUCUACUCGCGCGACCCGGACGGGCUGCCCUGCAACCUACGCAAGCCAUGCAACCGGCCGUCGGGACUCGAGCCGCAGCCUGGGGUCUUCGACAGCCUGCGCGACGCCAUGGUGCGCGACUACGUGCGCCAGACCUGGAAGCUGGAGGGCGAGGCCCUGGAGCAGGCCAUCAUCAGCCAGGCUCCCCAGGUGGAGAAGCUCAUUGCCACAACAGCUCACGAGCGGAUGCCCUGGUACCACAGCAGCCUGACGCGCGAGGAGGCAGAGCGCAAACUCUAUUCGGGCUCCCAGACUGACGGCAAGUUCCUGUUGAGGCCCCGGAAGGAGCAGGGCACUUACGCACUGUCCCUGAUCUAUGGGAAAGCUGUGUACCACUACCUCAUCAGCCAGGACAAGGCGGGCAAAUACUGUAUCCCUGAGGGGACUAAGUUUGACACGCUCUGGCAGCUGGUGGAGUACCUGAAGCUGAAGGCGGAUGGGCUCAUCUACUGCCUGAAGGACGCCUGCCCCAACACCAGUGCCAGUGCAGAGGCUGCUGCACCCACACUCCCAGUUCACCCAUCCACAUUGGCCCAUGUUCCCAGACGGAUUGAUACCAGCUCAGAUGGGUAUACCCCUGAGCCAGCACGCCUAGCGUCCUCAGAGAAAGCACAGUCAAUGCCCAUGGACACGAGUGUGUAUGAGAGCCCCUACAGUGACCCUGAGGAGCUCAAGGACAAGAAGCUCUUCCUGAAGCGGGAGAACCUCCUCAUGGCUGACAUAGAACUUGGCUGUGGCAACUUUGGCUCAGUACGCCAGGGCGUCUACCGCAUGCGCAAGAAGCAGAUCGACGUGGCCAUCAAGGUGCUGAAGCACAGCACGGAGAAGACAGACAAGGAUGAGAUGAUGCGCGAGGCACAGAUUAUGCACCAGCUGGACAACCCCUACAUCGUGCGGCUCAUCGGCGUCUGCCAGGCUGAGGCCCUCAUGCUCGUCAUGGAGAUGGCAGGCGGUGGGCCCCUGCACAAGUUCCUGCUCGGGAAGAAAGAGGAGAUCCCCAUCAGUAAUGUGGCGGAGCUGCUGCACCAGGUGUCCAUGGGGAUGAAGUACCUGGAAGAGAAAAACUUUGUGCACCGUGACCUGGCGGCCCGCAAUGUCUUGCUGGUCAACCGGCACUACGCCAAGAUCAGUGACUUUGGUCUCUCCAAGGCACUGGGUGCCGAUGACAGCUACUACACUGCCCGCUCGGCAGGGAAGUGGCCGCUCAAGUGGUAUGCGCCUGAGUGCUUCAACUUCCGCAAGUUCUCCAGCCGCAGUGACGUCUGGAGUUAUGGGGUCACCAUGUGGGAGGCCUUCUCCUAUGGCCAGAAGCCCUACAAGAAGAUGAAGGGCCCCGAGGUCAUAGCCUUCAUCGAUCAGGGCAAGCGGAUGGAGUGCCCGGCAGAGUGUCCGCCUGAAAUGUAUACACUCAUGAAUGACUGCUGGAUCUACAAGUGGGAGGACCGCCCAGACUUCCAGGCCGUGGAGCAGCGCAUGCGGGCCUACUACUACAGUAUGGCGAGCAAGUCUGAAGGCCCCCCAGGGUGUGGAAAGGGGACUGAGGCUGCUUCUGUCUGAGCUCCAGCCUGCCUUGGGGUCUGCAAGCUGCGAUGCCCCAGCUUCAGCCCCAUCCUAGGACCUCCAGUUUGGCUGAAGUCAGUUCAGCUCCUCUCCCCAAACCAGCUGGGCUGUGGUAGGGCAGGCAGCUGAGGCCUCAGGCUCAUACCGAUCUAGUGUUCCCCACCUGGUCACCUGUCCUCUUUGGCUGGAGGAGGAGGGAAGGCCCUGGGAGGGUGGGAUUGUAUAACCUGCUCCUGGGCUGGUGUCUACUGGGCAACCCUGAGCUGAGGGUGCAUUGCUUACAAUAAGGACCCUCCUUCCUCUGGGCUCUGAAGCGGAAGACUCCAGGAACUCUCAAGUGGCAAGACCCCAAUCAUUGUAAUAAACUCAGCUUCUCUCUU